AUGCGCGUCUCCCUCGGCGCCGUCGCCAAGGCGGUGCCUCUGGCGACGGCCUUCGCCCUGCUCGCCUUCAUUGGCACCCUGCCGGCCGCGGAGGCCGUCCCGAGCCAGCUCUUGGCCCGUACCAGCAACUGCCAGCCCGGUCGCGGAGGUCUCGACUGCAACAUCCCAUGCGAACCCGGCACGUUCAACGACGGCAACUACCCCUCGUGUCAAAACUGUCCCGCUGGCACCUUCGCAAACUCGUUUGCGGCCGAAAUCUGCUCGCAGUGCCCUGCUGGAUCCUCGUCCACCGGAGCAGCCUUUUUCUGCGAGUCCUGCGGACCAGGUCUCGUCAACCCGGGCUUCCCGGCCCCAUCCGUCUGCACCGCCUGUCCGGCUGGCCAGAUUCCAAACGCUGAUCACACCUCGUGCGACCCGUGCCCGACUGGCUCCUACUCAUUCAGUGGCGACUCCUUCUGCACAAACUGUCCACCCGGCAUGUCGACCACGGCGCCGGGCUCCAGCGGCUGCGACCUCAGCUGCUCGCCUGGAAGCUAUCUCAACCCUUCCAUGACGUGCAGCCAGUGCCCCCCCGGCACCUUCACCAGCCAUUCGGCAGCCGCCACCUGCGACGCUUGCCCCAUUGGUACAUUCUCGCCGUACCCCGGAGCCUCGCUUUGUGCCGACUGCCCCCUGGGCACCUUCUCGCAGAGCCUCGGUUCCACGAGCUGCACAGCAUGCGGCCCUGGCUCCUACACGCAGUUCCCGGGAGCAGCCAGCUGCACGGCCUGCCCAGCCGGUACUUUUCUCGACGACGCCUCGAUGACGUGCCAGGCCUGCCCCGUCGGGACCUACAACGGCCAGAUCGGGGCCAGUAUAUGCACAACCUGCCCGCCCGGCAGCACGUCGACGGUGAUCGGUGCCGUCUCGUGCUCGCCGACGACCCAACCGCUCGGCGGCACCUGCGCAACCGACGCCGAGUGCCAGGGGAACCUCAACUGCAUCGGAAGCGUCUGCUCCACGUUCGUGUCCCCCGGUGGCUCCUGCGGCACGCCUGGCAAGAUCUGUCUCUUGCCCACGACGUGUCAAGACGGUACCUGCCGGCUCCCGCUUCAGGCCAUCGGCGAGCCCUGCGAUGGAACCAUGGACUGCGUGAGCGGACUCACCUGCGUCAGCAACACGUGUUCGUCCUUUGGCGCGCCUGGCGACGCUUGCGGCUCUCCCGGACAUCUCUGCGAGUCGCCCGCCGCCUGCACCACCAGCAACAUCUGCGCCAUUCCCCUGAAGCCGCUCGGCGAGGCUUGUACCGCCACUUCCGACUGCGAGUCCGGCCUCGACUGCAUGGCGGGUGUCUGCUCUACGACCGUCCUUGCAGGUGGGGCCUGCGGCGCUCCCGGGCAGGUCUGCGUUACGUCCACGAUGUGCCAGGACGGCAUCUGCAAGACUCCGCUCAGGAAUGUUGGAGAGAGCUGCGAGGCCAACGCCGACUGCGUGAGCGGAUCUACCUGCACCGACAACGUCUGCUCGACUUCUGGCGGACCCGGCGCCACCUGCGGCACGCCCGGCCUUCUCUGCGCUUCCCCGACGACCUGCCAGAACAGCGUCUGCACUGCCCCGUCGACUUCCCCGCCCCUUGGCGCAUCCUGCACGACCGACGAGGACUGCCAGCUGGGUCAUGUCUGCAACACCGGCACCUGCGCCAACCCUGGGCCGAUCAACCAGGUCAGUGGCGGCUUCUGCCUCUUCAACAGCAACUGCAUCAGCAACGUCUGCACAAACAACCUCUGUGUCGGUCCUCCGCCGACCCUCCAUCCCGUUGGCGGGAUCUGCAUGAUCGACUCCGAGUGCGAGUCCGGGCUCAUUUGCGACGUUGGCCUUUGCGCCACCCCUCCGGCCACCCCUCAGCCCGUAGGCGGCGUCUGCACCGUGCGCGAUGACUGCGAGGUCGGCCUGAUCUGCGCGGAGACCGGCCUCUGCGCCAACCCUCCGCCGACCUUGCAGCCUCUGGGCGGUGCCUGCCAGAACUCUCUCAACUGCCAAGGUGCCCUCGCCUGCCAGGACGGCGUCUGCUCCCAGUUUGCCCAGCCAGGUGAGGCGUGCGACGAGCCAGCGACUGGCCUCCUCUGCCUGGCUCCCGCCACCUGCGAAAACAAGAUCUGCACCUCGAUCCCUCCCCCUCCCACCGGCAGCCCGCUCGGAGGCAUCUGCACGGUUUCCGACGACUGCAUCGGCGGACUGUCGUGCCAGGACGGCGUCUGCUCGCAGUUUGGCGAUGUCCUGUCGCCCUGCGGACUGCCCUUGACCGGUCUUCUCUGCAAGCUCGACCUCAUCUGCACCGACAGCAUCUGCACCGCCCCUCCGCCCGCCCCGAAGGCUCUCGGCGAAGCUUGCGCCGCCAGCAGCGAGUGUCUCUCCGCCCUGACUUGCGUCGAAAGCGUCUGCUCCAAACGCGCUAGUGACGGCGAGGCCUGCGGACUGCCUUUGACUGGCCUGCUUUGCGAGGUCGGCCUGGUCUGCACCAACGACAUCUGCGCCAGUCCGCCUCCCGCCCGCAACCCGCUUGGAGGCUCGUGCGAGGCCACCGACAACUGCCUCUCGGGCCUGUCCUGCGAGAACAGCAUCUGCUCGCAGCGUGCCGGUGCGGGAGAGGCGUGCGGCACCCCCGAGACCGGCAAGCUGUGCAACAUCGGUCUGGACUGCACCGACGACGUCUGCACCGCACCCGCCCCGGUCAAGCAGGCCCUGGGCGAAGCUUGCGAGGCCACCGACGCGUGCGUCUCCGGACUGUCGUGCGUCGACGCCGUCUGCUCGCAGCGGGCGUCCCUGGGCGAGACGUGCGGUGCUCCCUCGACUGGACAGCUCUGCGAGACGGGCCUCGACUGCACCGACAGCGUCUGCACGACUCCCGAGCCGACCAGGAGCCCGCUUGGCGGCGUCUGCAGGGUCACUGACGACUGCCUCGUCGGUCUGUCCUGCAUCGACACGGCCUGCUCGCAGCGCGUCGGCUCUGGCGAGGCGUGCGACGACGCGUCGACCGGAAAGCUCUGCGACCUCGGCCUCGACUGCCUGAGCAACAUCUGCACGCCUCCGGCUCCCGUCAAGAAGGAGCUGGGCGAGACCUGCGCGGCCACCGACGACUGCGUCUCGAGCCUGUCCUGCGUCGACACGGUCUGCUCACAGCGCGCCAUGGUCGGUCAAGCUUGCAGCACCCCCUCGACCGGCCAGCUCUGCGAGAUCGGACUCGACUGCACGGCCAACGUCUGCACGCCACCGGCCCCUAUCAAGAAGCUGCUCGGCGAGAUUUGCGCGAUCAUCGAUGACUGCGUGUUGGGCCUGUCGUGCGUCGACACGGUCUGCUCGCAGCGGGCCAUGGCUGGCGAAGCUUGCGGUCUUCCCUCGACCGGCAAGCUGUGCGACACUGGCCUCGACUGCACCGACGAGAUCUGCACGGCGCCUGCUCCCGUCAAGGCCGCGCUCGGCGAAGCGUGCGCGGCCACCGACGACUGCGUCUCGAGCCUGUCCUGCAUCGACGCGGUGUGCUCGCAGCGGGCCAUGGCUGGCGAAGCUUGCGGCGCUCCCUCGACUGGCAAGCUCUGCGAGGCGGGCCUGGACUGCACGAGCGAUGUUUGCACGGCGCCCGCUCCCGUCAAGGCCGCGCUCGGAGAGACCUGCACCGCCACUGACAACUGCGUCUCCGGCCUCUCGUGCGUAAGCAACAUCUGCUCGCAGCGGGCGGCUGCUGGAGAGGCCUGCGGUGCACCUUCGACCGGCAAGCUCUGCGAGACCGGCCUGGACUGCAACAACGACGUCUGCUCGACUCCCCCGCCCAGCAAAAGCCAGCUUGGCGGAUCCUGCGCUGCCACCGACGACUGCGUCUCUGGGCUUUCUUGCGUCGAUGCCGUCUGCUCGCAGCGUGUCGGCACGGGAGAGGCCUGCGCUGCCCCUUCGACCGGCAAGCUGUGCAACUCCGGCCUCGAGUGCACCGACAACGUCUGCACUGCGCCGACUCCCGCCAAGAGCCCGCUGGGUGGUACCUGCAGCGCCGACGGCGACUGCGAGUCCGGCCUGUCGUGCAAGGGCAACGUCUGCUCUCGUUUCGGCGCUGCGGGAGCCCAUUGCGGCGCCGCCUCGACGGGCCUCAUGUGCCAGGACGGACUGGAGUGCAAGGACAGCAUCUGCACGGCUCCCACGACCAACGGCGGCGACAAGAAGGUGGGCGAGCAGUGUUCGGCGGCGAGCGACUGCCGCCGCAGCCUGGCGUGCUCCAACGGCGUCUGCACGCGCUUCGGGCGCGAGGGACGCGGCUGCGGCGCGCCGAGCACGGGCCGGCUGUGCGAGGAGGGACUGCUCUGCUACAACACGCUCUGCACCGCCGUGCGAAUGGUGGGCCGCGGCGACACUUGCAACGAGGUGACGCUCAAGUGCGAGUCGAACCUGCUCUGCAUCAACGGCGCGUGCCGCGCGGACCGCACCUGCCCGCGCGGCUGCUCGGCCGAUGCGUACUGCCGCGACGGCCAGUGCCGGCCCAAGGGCGAGCUGAGCCAGCAGUGCAGACCACGCCGGCCGUGCCGCGACGGCCUCGACUGCCUCAAUGGCGCGUGCGUGCCCAUGACGGGCAAGGGCAAGCAGGGCGAGUUCUGCAACGAGGCGCCGCAGUGCCAGUCGGGGCGGUGCAGCUCCAAGCGCAACGUGUGCCUCGCCCCGCUCCGGCCCAAGGUGCACCUCGGCGACAAGUGCUCGAGCGGCGACGACUGCAUCUCGGCCACGUGCAAGCGCAGCCGGUGCGUUCCUGGCGCGCACGCGGGCAAACUGGGCCAGUACUGCAACGCCGACUCGCAGUGCAAGUCGCACCGGUGCAGCGACAAGCGCAACUGCCAGUCGAACCGGUGCCGCAAGUACGAGUGCUCGUCGUCGUCGUCGUCCAAGAAGCGUCUCGGCUCCCUCUGCCUCGUCGCGUCGCAGUGCGCCAGCGGCAACUGCAAGGACCACCGGUGCGCCCCGCUGCACGGCGCGGGACACGUCGGCGACUUCUGCAACCGCGACAAGCAGUGCUUCAGCGCGCACUGCCACAAGAACCUGUGCGCCAAGAAGCACUAG